AUGGCUUUAAACGCUCGGAAGGUGUUUAAGGCCAGCGGGCUCAGAGCAGCUCAGAGAACUGUCGCCGAACCGCCACCCAGAACAGUUAAUACGAAAGACCUUCAGAUACCCAACCAAACACCUCAUGGUUUAAAAGGUCCAGGGCCGUCAGGCGAAUCGCCGUCUUUUAGUGGAGAACUUCCAGACCUAGACGGAAUACGGAAGGAAGAACUUUUACAAAUGGUCGAGAAGCUAAAGACCAAGAGGCGCCGUCAUCUGGGACACCAGAGUAAAAUAAAGAGUAAGCCACAGAAUAGCACAGAGGGGGUAGUUAAGCCGGUAGUAAGGAGGAAAGCAAUUCCGUCCACUCCGCCAGCACCGACUCCCUCGCCGCUCACCGCCACUCCGCCUCCACCCACGCCAUCGCCACUGACUUCUCCAGAAAAAGAACCAACUAGGGAGGAAUUAUUCAAAAUGAGUGAUGGAGAAUUUCAUCGAUGGGUCGUUGAAAAGUCGAGGGAAUGGGUUCCUGCCCUAGACGCCCCGAACGGAGGAAGCUUCGUCCCCCCAGCCGAAGAGGUUUCGCCGCCAAAAACUCAGGACACUGCUAAUUUAUUUUCAGACAACGACAUGGAAGCCGCCCGUCGUGGCUACAUGGAGCUUAAUGGCCAGCGAUACGACAUUAACGAGGAAAGCUUGUCCAAUAUGAAAGCCUGUGGUUUAUAUGUCGAUGGACUGAGGGCUGCUCUCUAUCAAGCUCGCAUUGAAAGGCUCGAGGCGAAAGCAUCUGCCUGUCGCACCCACCAACCAGAAUGA